AUGGACCACGGUGGUGCCAGGGAGUGGAUGGUGGUGGAUGCUGCUGAGCACAUGGAGAUAGGCCCAGCCCUUGCAAGAAAAUAUGAUUUUCUCAUAAUAGAAGAUGAUCCGUACUACUUUCUUCAGUUUGAAAAGCCAUGGGCUCCAACUUUCCUCUCAAUGGAUGUGGAUGGCCGAGUUAUCAGGACUGACUCUUUCUCUAAAAUUCUCUCAUCUGGGUUAAGAAUAGGUUUUCUGACAGGUCCAAAGCCUCUUAUUGACAGAGUUAUUCUACACAUUCAGGUUUCAACAAUGCACACCAGCACUUUCACACAGAUUAUGAUAUCACAGCUGCUUCAGCAAUGGGGAGAAACGGGUUUCUUGGAGCAUAUAGACAGAGUGGUGGAGUUCUACAGAACUCAGCGGGAUGCAAUGCUCAUUGCUGCCGACAAGUGGUUAAAAGACUUGGCUGAAUGGUACCCUCCUGCUGCUGGCAUGUUCUUAUGGAUCAAAAUUAAGGGUGUCUCUGAUACACAGCAGCUGAUCAUGGAAAAAGCUUUGCAGAAAGAGGUGUUACUGGUUCCUGGAGGAGCGUUCAAUAUCAAUAGUUCAGAGCCUAGUUCAUAUGUCAGAGCCUCCUUCUCUCUCUGUUCUCCAGCCCAGAUGAAUCUGGCCUUCAAGAGACUGGCUGACCUUAUAAAAGAAGCUUUGUGA